AGUGCACCAAUCGCUAUUGCUCGCCAUCAGGGCAAAUGCUGCGCGAACUGUGAUGCGCGCUGAGCCAGUCACUGCCAGUGAUGGUGAUGGUCAUCUGCGGAGUGUGAAGGCCCUCUAAAAUGCGCCUCAGGCAUGCACGCACGGAUAGCCCCAGGCAUCGCAAUGUUCGCGUACGGUUCCGAGGUAACGUAGACAUGUAAUAUGCGAGUGCCGAGACUCAUUUCACGGUGAAAAUCUGGCGUGAACGGUGCCGGGGCGGGUCGGGGUUGGGGGUCAUGGCGUCGGCUGACACCCCAGCUAGCCACGGGCACUCAUUUGCCAAGAAGACAUUUCACAAGCCGACCUAUUGUCACCACUGCACCGACAUGCUAUGGGGCCUCAUCCAGCAGGGCUACAUCUGCGAAGUUUGCAACUUCGUAGUACACGACCGAUGCCUGAAGACCGUAAUUUCGCCCUGCUCCAGCAUUGCGGCAAGCUUAAUCAAGAACCCAGUAGCCCAUUGCUGGUCUGAACAAGUCCACCAUAAAAGAAAGUUUUGUAACGUCUGCCGCAAAAGACUUGAAGAUAGCCUAGCCAUACAUUGUGAAAUCUGUGAGUACUUUGUACACUGCGACUGCCAGGACUUUGCGGUGGCCGACUGCAAGGAGAAUGCAACGUACAUUCCGGGCAAGAGCCUGGCACGAGUGCACCACGAGCACCACUGGCGCGAGGGCAAUCUGCCGCCCAACAACUCCAAGUGCGCCGUUUGCAAGAAGACCUGCUGGUCGGCCGAGUGCCUCGCCGGUUAUCGCUGCGAGUGGUGCGGCAUUACUUCGCAUGCUGGUUGUCGCAAACAUAUUCCAAACGAGUGCAACUUUGGCAAUUUGGAGCCGAUCUAUCUGCCACCGCAUGCCGUCAGCAUUCCAAGAACAGAAGUACCCAUGGAGGCCAUUAUUGGUGUGCAGGUCAGGCGAAAGGAAACCAUGUCACCUCGCAGCAUUUCGGAAGAGUUCAGCAGCACGGACAAGAGUCACAAAGAAAAGGACGAUAUGCCAACUGGCAAAGAAAAGAAAGAUAAGGAAGACAAGGAUGAAGAGAUGAUAAAGGUCUAUGAUGGCAAUAAUUCGUUGCGAAGAAGGAUAUUCAGAGUUAUCACUGUCUCCCGGUUAGCAAGCACAGAACACAUAUUGAAUACAGCUCUCCGCGCCUUUCAUAUUACUAAAGAUUUGGGUAAUUUUUAUUUAACCGAUCUUUACGCGUCAGAAGAAACGCCACUCAGUGAUCCAUGUCCUGUCAUGAACUUACACAGGAAAGAAGGCAAGCGUCCAGCUGUCUUCCUCCGGUUCAAGGAUAGGGAUAAUGAUAGCGGAGAGGUGCGCGUCUACCCGGGAAAGCUGCAAGUUCCGGUUCCGUUCUGCACGGUGCAAGUGAACGCGCAGACCACAAUCGACGAUCUCAUUCGCGAAGCGCUCAACACGUUCGGACUCGAGAACCUGAAGAGCGAAGACUUGAGAUUGAGUGAAAUUCUGUUGGACAGAGGUGUAUCGGAAAGAGUACUGGACCGACAAGAAAAGCCUUGGGAAAUUGUGAAGCAGCUGGGAGCAGAAUCGAUACGACAGAUGGAAUUGAUGAGGUUUUACUUGCAAAUGAAGCAGGACCCUCAUGGACCUAACCUGGCCUUAUUUGUGGGAAAUCUGCCUACAGGCCUGUCGGAAAGAAACUAUGAGAACGUGCUGUUGCAAUUCCUCGGGAAAGAAAAUAGAUUUUCAUCGAUUGGCCCAAUAUAUUACGAAUACGGGUCGAUGGUGAUCACUUAUGAGGAUUCGUCUACGGCUGUAAGGGCGCUUUACAAGCUGAGGGAAUCUUCCUAUGAGGAUAAGCACUUGUUAGUGAUGCUUCUACCGAACGUAGAGCCGAGCAUGGUUCCGGGUGACGUGCAGCCUCUGCUGGUGUUUGUGAACGUCAAGUCGGGCGGCUGCCAGGGACUCGAACUCAUCUCAAGCUUCCGAAAGCUGCUCAAUCCUUACCAGGUCUUCGAUCUCGACAACGGCGGACCAUUACCUGGGCUAUACGUGUUCCGGCACAUAAAAGACUACAAGAUAUUAGUUUGUGGUGGUGAUGGCACGGUGGGGUGGGUGCUGCAAUGCUUGGACAAUGUCGGCCAGGACAGUGAGUGUUCUUCACCGCCCUGUGCAAUUGUCCCUCUUGGAACAGGCAACGAUUUGGCCAGAGUGCUGAGAUGGGGCCCAGGCUACACUGGGGGUGAGGACCCCCUCAAUCUGCUGCGAGACGUGAUCGACGCUGAGGAGAUCCGAUUGGAUCGGUGGACAGUUGUCUUCCACCCUGAGGACAAGGGUGAUAAAGCCGAUCCUGGCAUACAAGUGGCCAAUGCCACAGGUCAAGCAGCUACAGGCACGACAAAUGAGGACAAUUCUCACAUACUUGUGAUGAAUAACUAUUUUGGUCUCGGUAUCGAUGCUGAUCUAUGCCUAGAUUUCCACAAUGCGCGAGUCGAGAACCCCGACAAGUUCAAUAGCAGGUUGCACAACAAGAGUGUGUACGUGCGAAUGGGAUUGAAGAAGAUGGUGAGCCACAAAAUGUGCAAAGAUUUGCACCGGGAAGUGAAGCUGGAGGUUGAUGGUCGGCCGGUCGAACUUCCGCCCGUCGAAGGCAUCAUCAUCCUCAAUAUUCUCAGUUGGGGAUCCGGUGCUAACCCGUGGGGUCCGGAAAAGGAGGAUCAAUUCUCGAAGCCCAACCACUGGGAUGGCAUGCUGGAAAUAGUCGGCGUGACUGGUGUUGUGCAUCUUGGUCAAAUUCAGUCAGGAAUUCGGUCGGCUAUGCGUAUUGCUCAGGGUGGUCAUAUUAAGAUUUAUCUUAAUGCAGACAUUCCAGUACAGGUCGAUGGUGAACCAUGGAUCCAGGGAGCUGGUAAUAUUGUUGUCCUCAAAUCCGCUUUGAAGGCAACCAUGCUGAAGAAAAUAAAGAUCAAGCGACGGAAUACUGAGCCCAACAUCUUGCCGGCGAACGGGGAGGGGGGGCGCAGUGAUGACUAACCACCUCCCCCUCUAACUUCUCCUCUUCUCCUCCAGACAUAGCAAGCGUUUUGCUCUCUCUCUCUCUCACUCUCUAUUAUCAGCUGAUAAUUAGCCAGGAAUUGCCACCUCUCACUUGUUACAGUACACUGCAUGUACUCUGCACGCGGUAACCCAGGGCUAGGGCAGAUACAGUAGUGUCAUUAAUUUCGCUCAUUUGUAGCUCGACUUAUUAAUGCAUCAAAGCCUCAAUUAUUCAGAUUCUUCUACUAAGACAAACUUGUUUCCACCCUCACAUUUUAGUUUCUAUUUAUGCUAUGGGCAUUCCGUUUCAAUACAAUAAUAAUUUAAAUUAGUAGCCCUGCUUGACAUGCAUGAUCUCUAUUCAUUUUUGGCUUCAAGAGCUGUUCUGAUUUUUAACCUAGCUUAAAUUUUUGGCCAGGGCAUUUUUGUACAGUUAUCAGAAAUUGGAGAAAAAACUUCUCACUAUUCUGUUCUCAAAUUUAGUAACCCAUCCAUUACCAUUUUUCUCAUUAGAAAACAUUUUUCCAAAUUAUAUAAAUUUGACGACUUCUUGUACAGUAUAAUUGAUUUCUUUCUGGAUUAGAUGGGGAAAUCAGGUUUUCUUUAAAGUUGAAGUUUCAAGGAGAAAAAACAUUGAAUUUAAUUGAAUAUUGAUAUCAAUAUUAAAAAAACACAAUUAAAUAACUCACAAUAACAAAAAUUAAAUAGCUCAUACAGUGUUGAAUUUCAAUGACAUCUAAAUCUAUUUGAUUAUAAAAUAUAAUAUUUUAAAUUUAUCUUCUCCUAAUGUCUUCUAAUUAUUAUUAAAAAUAUUUUACCAUAACUUAGCUCAGCAUGGUUUCAGCUAUUAAUGCAAGAAUUUAAAAUAAUACUUGAUUUUAAAUACAAUUCACAUAAAAUAAUAUGGAAUAAAAUGAAAUUAAAGUAAAACAUGAAACAUGUCAUGUACAUUAAAUAAUAUAAAACAUAAAAUAAAGUAUUAUGUACAUCAAAUAAAAAUUCAUCUUUUUAAAUGGUGACUCUAAAUUAGGACAGCAAUGGUUUCAGCUAUCGAUACAAGAAUUGAUAAUGAAAUAGCAAAUUUAAACCUACAUCAAGUUAUAAGAAGCGUAAAAUGAAAUUUCAUGUGCAUCAAAUAUUACGAAACAUGAAAUAAAGAAGGCUAUAGUGUAUAUUAAGUAAACAUUUUUCUUUCUAGGAUUUUCACUAAUUAGAGGUUUCAAUUCGAAUAUUUUUAUGAUACUAGUUAUUUUGACUGCUUUGAGAACCACCUGUAGAUUUAAAUUGAGCUAGUGACAUGAAGGUUCACAAUUUAGAAGAGUGAAACUAUUUUGAAGUAGCGAUGGUGAGAGCAUAGCAUUGCAUUGCAUUGCAGAUGCACCGGUUGUGAGUGACGCUUGUUGGCACUGAUGUAUGUUUUGUUCUGUUCCCUGCCCUGCUGUCCAUUUCCCAUGACCAUUAGGCGACCAUGCUGAAGAAAAUGAAGGGCAAAAUGAAGCGCCGCAACACGGAGACAUUCAUGGUGCAGUCGCCAGGCAGCCAGUUGGCGCUUCGCCUGCCAGAGGAGAACUCAGCCUUCUGAGGGUGGUGGAGCCGCUUCAUUCGAUGCUCCUCCUCUUGAUCUCAUCUCAGACCGCGUGUGCGCGUGCGUUUGCUGUGCGUGACAGUGACCAAUACACACACACACUUUUCUAUCUCGUCAAGUUAACCUUACAUUAAGCUAGUUUGUAAGCAUAUAGGGCAUGAGUUACACUGAACGUUUCAACAUAUUCUACUACUGUAUUAUUCAAUUAUAAAAAUAAAUUUGGAAAAUUCAAAAAUAGAUUUAUAACUGUAACGAAGUGGAAUAUGUGUUGAGAAAUUUAUAUUGUAAUUUAUUACAGUAAAGUAUGGUAUUUUACCAAAACUGGACUAAGCUAUGAGCGAACUAUGCCUGUAUGUAGGCUAAAGUAUUUACUUUCGCGCUACUCACUAGACCUUGUUGUUGAUGUAAAUUAACUAAUAUUAUGCAUGCAUUAUUACACUGUUUUACUCUCUGGUUACUUCUAUGGAUAUAGUUUAUUUCUGUUGUACAAACAACUAUCCAAAUCAAAGCAUUUGGCUGUUUGCUCUACUCUGUGUUAAGCUACAUUCAAACUGCCAAAAGGAAUUCUGCUUGCUAGCAACUUGUUCUAUGGACUUGGCAUGUUGGAAACAGUUGCGAGUACAGCAUUGCAGCAGAUGUCAAUUCAGUUCAUUCUAGUAGUUCGUGCAGUAUUGAUUUCUAAUCAUUUUCAAGUGAAAAUUUAUUGUUCAAAAGCUGUUGAUGUUAAUGAUACAUUUCAACUCCUAAUACAUGCACUUAUUAAAACAGUAUUAGAGUUUAUAUAGAAGGGGUAAAGUGCUUCUUCAAACAAAUUCAACUUUUCUUUUAGUCUUUUAGACUACAACAUUGAUAAUGGAUGUUGAUAUUGGAAUAAUCAUGAGGAAGUUCCUCAUCAAUUUAAAAGUCCACUCAUAGCGACAAAAUGAAUGUGUCUCACUAGCUCGCCUUUUUUCAAAUAAGGUUGUAUGAUGGAAUGUAAAAGGAUAAGCGUAAUUUUGAACCCAGAAUUCUUCCCAAUCUUAUGUGCUACUUGUAUCAUAUGGUGUCUUAUUAUUGUACACGAUAACAUUUUUUAUGAGAGUGUAAGCAUUUGCCUGUUGCAAUUGCUGUACAAAAGUGGGGCACCAGAAUGAUGCAAGUAGCUAAUCAGCUCUCUGAUUUUGGCUUUGAACAGGGCUAGUCGGUGAAAUGUACUUAUGUGACGACCUUACCGAAUGCUGACAGACAUGUAAUGUAUCAUACAUCUUAGCAUAUCUAAGCUGAAGUGUGAAUCAAAUGUGGCCAGUGAACUGUAACUGCGUUGGUGCACUUAAUGGUGGUGUGUGUAAGUAGU